AUGCAGUUAACGAAUCCAGUAUGGAUUCAUCACUCAGGUGGUGCAAUCUACUCCGUAGACAUUCAUCCAGAUGGUACGAAAAUAGCCACAUGCGGACAAGGUGGUGAAGGUGGUUCUGGCCUCGUGAUUAUCUGGAAUGUAAAACCAGUGAUUAACGAGAAAGCUAGUCAAGAGGCAUCGUGCAGUCGAUUACUCUCUCGAAUUCUACACCAAAAUUGUGUUAAUUGUGUUCGUUGGUCUCCGGAUGGAACAUAUCUUGGAUGUGCUGGUGAUCAACAGUCACUAACACUCUGGGAAUUUGGUGGUCGAGUUUUUAGUGCUGGAACCAUUGGUUCUAUGGAUUCCGUUAAUGUCGAAAAAUAUCGGGAAAAGUAUCGAUUGUAUGGACAUUCUUUAGAUGUGUUACAUCUUGAAUGGUCUAAAGAUGGCCGCUAUCUUGCAUCUUGCGGAAUGGAUCAUGCUGUGAUCAUUUGGGACGCUCAUAAUUUGCCGAACAAAGUGGUAUCAUUAACAGUCGAACGGGGUGGACAUCAGGGUAUUGUGAAGGGAGUAAGCUGGGACCCAAUUGGAAAAUUUCUCGCUACGCAGUCUGCUGACAAGUCUGUGAGAAUCUGGACAACUGACAAUUGGCAAUGCAUUAAAGUAGUCAUGGAUCCUUUCAUUGAGAGUAGCCAGUCAACCAUGUUUUGUCGAUUAGACUGGUCACCAGAUGGUACUUAUCUAAUAGCGCCAUGUGCCAGUAAUAACUCCGGGCCAACUGCUCAUUUGAUACGGCGAAAGGAUUGGGAUACUACGUUGGAUCUAGUUGGUCAUCGAAAAGCUGUAACAGUGGUUCGGGCAUGCCCUCGUAUGAUUGAAUAUCAAAACUACAAGGGCAAUCAAAUUCAAGUAAGCUGUAUAGCAAUGGGCAGUCGUGACAAAUCAUUAAGCGUCUGGUUAUUGCCGAAUGUGGAUCGACCUUUAGUUGUACUAUACAAACUUUUUAAACAUUCCAUACUUGAUUUUUCCUGGAAUGAUUAUCAUCUAACUAUAUGCUCGAUGGAUGGAACGGUGAAAUCAAUUGUGUUUGAUGCAAAAGAAUUAGGACGGUUGCUUACUUCUUCUGAAAUGGGCGAUCUAUGUGAACGAAUAUAUAGUCGUCGGCCAUUACAAUAUUCUUCUCGUCAGCUAAAUAAUGGACAUCAGCUGUUGUCUACCAAAGAUUCUAGCAGAAUGUUUGUCGAUGAUCUGAAAAAGCUUCAAAGCAAAAAGCAAGAGCCGGAACAAUCAAAACUUCACGACAAUGAUUCCUUUACUUCGUCACAAGUGAAAGAAGUUCCUAGCAGUCGACCCAUUGUCAGUACAUCAAUCUCGUGCGAUGCAGAAAAGAUGCCUGUUUCAUCGGAAUUACCGAAGAAACAAACCGAACUCCGGACCAAAUCAGGGAAAAGAAGAAUACAGCCUGCUUUCAUUGCCUCUGUUAGUGUUCCUGAAGCUGAAAUAACUACUACACCUAUUUCCACGGAGAAACCAUCAACAAGCAGUUAUGAGCCAUCACAGGCUUCAUCUGUGCAUCUUUUGGCAUCCCCAUCCAAAAGUAGCGGCCGAAUAUUGGUAAGCAGCAUUGAAAAAGUAGAAGUUACUCCAAGGAUUGAAGAACCGAUGGACACACAUCUUUCGACAUCCAAAACCGAACAGGUUCUACCUCAAUUAGCAUUAAAACCACUAUUGCGUCCUGCUCCUUUUCCGGAAUCAUUAACAGUCAAUUUGAAUGAUAAUCGUUCUAUUACUUUUCCUAUUCCUCAGCAGCGCCGAUCACUGUCGAUAUCCGUUCCUCCAACUGAAAUGUGUUCAGUAAAUAAGAUUGAUGUAUUAAAUGAAUAUGAAGUUGCGGCAACUGUAAAACUGACGAAGUUAUUUGGUAUGAAAGAUGCAACAGUGCUAUGGACAGCUUAUUUAGAUCCAGUUGUAUGCUCCAUUGCUGCUAAUAGUCAUUGGUUUGUAGCUGGUUGCUACGAUGGCAGUAUCCACAUUUAUUCAACACCUUCCGGUCGAUUACAUGCGUUCUUUACUAUCGAUUCAUUACCUUUCAUAAUUCAAGUGCAUCUAAACUAUCUUUCGAUUUGCUCAUCUCAGGGAAUGGUCUAUUCUUGGAAUAUAGAAAUUAGGAAAUGUAUUAUGUCAAGGAGGUCAAUUGUUGAUUUCUGCGAAAAAGAUUGCAAAGUAGUUUCUUGUACAUUAUCAGACAUAGGCGAACCUGUCAUUACUCUUUCAAAUGGGAAAACUUACUCGUUUUUGCUGUCGCUGGAUUGUUGGCAAUUGCUGUUCGAUGAAAAAAGCAUCCUGCCUAGAUUAAGUAUUCCAUCAGUGAAUGCUUCAGCUAGUGCUUUACUUGGUCCUAUAAAAAGCAGCCCAAUUCAUGUGAACAGUGAAGUCCAGAUCAAUGCCACUCAUUCAUUCUUAGAAGAAAGGCUUUGCAGCGCACUUUCAUUAAGACUUCCUAAUGAUUUUCGUCACUACCUCAAUUUAUAUGUACGAUCUCUUCUUCAACAUGGUUGUACUGCAAAGUUGAAUGAAAUUCUUUCAACAUAUUUUACGACUGUUUCAAUCUGUGGGUUAAAAUGCGAUGUGCUAUUGCGCGAAAUAUUGGAAUUGGCAAAAAAGAGCGAAGGAUGUAAUGAAUUCAUUCGCGAUAUUACGCUACGCCUGGAAUCGCUUAUUUCUCAUCAAUAA